UCUAUUCUAAAAAUUCAUUAAUUUUAAGCUGUACAAGAUGAAAGAGGUCCACGAACAAAAUUUAGGGACAGGAUUCCAUCAAUGAAUUCUUCAGUUUCUUGGGCACCGACAGAAUCUUUCAAUAUAACAAGUGUAUAUAAUAAUAAUUCAUCAUUUGGCAUAAAUAAUAAAUAUCAAGAAAUUACUUUUACACCAAACAUCAAUCCGUUACUCCACCAAAGUCAGUCAUUUCCGAAAAUGAUAACUUCUGACGAAACAAUGCAGUAUGAAAUAGUAGCAGAAAUAUUUUUAUCAUCAAUCCGCAACGCACGUAGACAUAAAUAUUUUUCUAAAAUAAAUCCAAUAUCACAAAAUAUAAUAUUGCGUAAUAAUUGGUCGGCUAUAUUUAUUUUACAUUUAUCAACAUGGCCGAUUGAUUUUACGACACUUAAUAUUACCAGUUCUAUGGCCAAUAAAAAUUUAAUUAAAUAUUUAUCAUCAGCACGAUCAACUAUUGCCAAGUUACAGCUCGAUCAAAUUGAAUUAUCGUGUCUCGAAACUUUUACUCUCUGUUCUGGUAAAGAAGAACGACAACCAGUUGUUGAAUACUAUCGUGAAAAUGGUAUACAGUAUUUAUUUUUUUCACAACGAGUUACUUGGGAGGAAGCACGAAUGAUAUGUAAGAGUUAUUAUUCAAGAUUGGCAAUACUUGACACUAUGGAAAAGGCAACUACUAUUGCACGAUUGUUAGCUGAUUCGAAUAUAGAGAUGGAAGACACUUGGGUUGGCGCAAAGAGAAUAGAUUUCGUGUGGUACUGGAUUGACAAAGACACAGGCCCGUGGAAAAACGUACUACCAAUAGAGCCAAAUGUAGAAAAUUUUCCGCCCUGGAGUCGCGAGCCGAUUCGACCUACCAAAGAAUGUCUUGCCAUUGAUCGCCAACUUCAUCAAUAUCCUAAUUUCGUUGAUCUCGAUUGUCGCCUUCAAAGACCAUUUAUUUGUCAAAAAAGUUGUUGUUAA